UGACAAAGGGAGACGCAUUGAUUGUGUGACAGAUGGGCUUUUGUGUGAGCGCUACAGCUCAACACCAACAUGACCUCCGUCACUCGUCUGGCCCAUGGCUCUGGCUGCUCUGAGUGCGCUGCCGCUGCUGCGGGUGGGAGUUGUCUGCUUCGAGAGCAUUGUUGUUGGGGGAUGAACCUCUGUUCCGCUGUUCUCUAGCUCGGGGAUGGCUAGCAAGGAGUUGCUAUACCCUUUUAGCUUUUAAAGAACAAACAUAUUUGUAAAACAGCGAAAUUUAAAGCAAACGUAUCGUUCGGUCCAGAAUACGCCUUCUGUUUUACCGCUAUAGCAAGGAGUGUAUUUCGGAUGAGGACAGUGUGCACGGAGCUAGAGCCGCCGAGCAGGGCCUAUCGUGGCUUUGUGAAGCUGCGGACAAGCCAUCAUCUCCAUCUACUAACUAAACCUCACAGACGGAGGAACACGGAGUAUCAAAAAGAUGAGGAAAAGAGUUCGGCCUCCCCGUGCUGCAGCUCCACCGAGGCCGCCGUCUCCUAUCAAACCUUCUCCCAACAAACAGAUUCUCACAUACGAACAAGCCCAGCGCAUGGUGGAGUUCGAGGUGGAUGGGCGCAUACACCGAAUAAGCAUAUUCGACAAGCUGGAGGUGAUCACAGAUGAUGACCCCAUGUUGCAGGAGAUGAUGAAGUCUACAAGUAAUAAAGAAAAUGCUGACAAACCACAACAAGUUCUUCUGAGGUCUGUGAGGUUAAAAAACAACAAAGAAAAAAGAAAUGCCGCCAUGGGAAUCAGCUGUCAUGAAGAUCAACAUGGACAACCACCCCUGCCACCUCCUGGCCCAAAACUUCCUGAGCCACAAUUUCGUACAAUUGAAUACAACCUUCCAGCGGUUCGUCAGCGCCCUGCAGCUUACUAUAAAUACAAGGAGAAAACUGAAGAAGAGUUGGAUGAGGAAACGGAGUAUGACAUGGAUGAGGAAGACUAUGCUUGGCUGGAUUUGGUCAAUGAGAAACGGCGAAGUGAGGGCAUUAGUCAAGUGUCCUACAAUGUGUUUGAGUUUUUAAUUGACCGUUUUGAGAAAGAGGUGUAUCUGGAAAGUUUAGAUCAAAGCAGUGAAAACCUUACUCCGUUAGACGAUGAUUCAGUGUGUUGCAUUUGCAUGGCUAGUGAGGCUCACGAUGCCAAUAUCAUUCUGUUUUGUGGUAUGUGUAGCAUUGCUGUGCACCAGGAAUGCUACGGUGUUCCUUAUAUUCCAGAAGGCCAGUGGUUGUGCCGCCACUGCCUCCAGUCUCCUAAUCAGCCUGCAGACUGUAUUCUUUGUCCCAACACAGGAGGAGCAGUGAAAAGGACUGACGAUGACUGCUGGGGGCAUGUUGUUUGUGCACUCUGGAUACCUGAAGUGGGGUUUGCCAAUCCAACUUUUAUUGAACCUAUAGACGGGGUCAGCCAAAUCCCCUCUACUCGCUGGAAACUCACCUGCUACCUCUGUAAAGAAAAAGGUGUUGGGGCGUGCAUCCAGUGCCACAAAGUGAACUGUUACACUGCUUUUCAUGUGAGCUGUGCCCAAAAGGCUGGUCUUUAUAUGAAGCUGGAGCCAGUCAAAGAGGGGGCGGACUCAAGAGAGGCCAACAUUUAUGUGAAGAAAACAGCCUACUGCGGAUCGCACACGCCUCAUGGUUGUGUAAGAAGGCCACUGAACAUUUACAAUAAAAUCAAACCAAAAAAUGGAUUAUGUAAGCAGAAUGACAAAGGGCAUUCGAAAGGAAAUCUGAAAAAGAAGACUAAAAAAACAGAGCCUGAAGUAGAAAGUGAAGAUGAAACUCCUGCCAGCCCAGUGCCUUUGUUUCCCACUCACAGGUUACAAACUAUCCUCAACCAGGUGUCUGUUCAAAAGAAGAGAGCGUUUGUUGAGCUCGCCCUGAAUUACUGGACGCUGAAGAGAGAGUCCAGGAACAACCUCCCCCUCAUCCAACGACUCCAGACAAGCCUCCAGUCCAAGAAGAAUGCACAACCGGUUUGUUCAUCUAAAAGGAAUGAUGAGGAGAGCAGAGCCCUUAAAGUUCAGCUGAAAGAGUGGCACCGUCUGAGGCACGACCUGGAGAGAGCGCGCCUGUUACUGGAACUUAUCCGAAAGAGGGAGAAGAUCAAGAGAGAAGAGAUUAGGCUUCAGGAGACUCUUCUUGAGAUUCAGUUGACCCCCUUCAGUAUUUUUCUCAGGGGUGUUUUGGACCAACUACAAGCAAAGGACCAAGCAAGGAUCUAUGCCCAACCUGUUGAUGUUACUGAGGUGCCUGAUUACCUUGACCACAUUAAACAUCCCAUGGACUUCUCCACCAUGCGGCAGCGCAUUGACGGUCAAGUCUACAGAAGCUUUACCCAGUUUGAAGAAGACUUUAAUCUGAUUAUUGACAACUGCAUGAGGUACAACUCCAAGGACACAUACUUUCACCGUGCUGCUGUCCGGCUCAGAGAUCAGGGCGGGGUUGUGCUGAGAAAAGCACGGCGGGACCUAGAGACCAUAGGCUUUGAUACUGAAAGUGGCCUACAUUUGGAUGAAGCUCCUGAAGUGAAAACAGUCCCUGCAUUUUCCUGGGAAGAUGUUGACCGUGUACUAGCCCCAGCCAACCGCGCCCACCUCCCUCUUGAGAAGCAGCUACAGCAGUUACUGGAGAAGUUUGAUCUGACAUUCGCCAUGAAGUCUAGUCCCUCCCGCAGCAAACGCCUCAAACUCCUCAAAAAGACCAUCAACGAUGUGCGAAAUGAAAUGAGUCUGAAGAGAGUCCAGCCCUGUCACCGCCACAGUUCUUCCAACCCAACAUCCUCAGGCCACUCACAAAAACCUCAACAAGACACAUUAAAAAUAAAUGGGCAUUUUACAGAUGAUGAAGUUGACAAAUCUCUUCCUCCAAAACUAGAGCCAUCAAACUCUAUACCCCCUCUCAUCCACUCAGAAGCAGACCCCGAGCCCCCAACACUGAAACCAAUAGACAUAGAACAAGCCUGUGAUGACAAAACACGCAGUAUGCCCACUUUAUUUGAUGAAGAAAUCCCAGACUUGCUUUCUGCCCCCUGUUUAAAUGGACACUCCCAUGAAAGUUCAUUAUUAGACAGACACAGUCUUUUGGAUACAUCAACAGCUGCAGAGCCCACAGGCGCGGUCAAUCGCCGAACUGCAAUUUUGUUUAAAAAAUCUAAAGUUACUAGUCCUCAAAAGGUCCUUAAAACUGAAGAGGUGAUAACUGAUAAAAGCAAUGGCACUGAGAAAGAGGAGGGAUCUGAAGAUGAUUCGGGCUCUACGUCAAUAUUGUCAGUGGUCAUACCCAGGCUGGAGAACCUUCUUCACAGAAAGAGGAAGCACAGUGGAAGUAGAUAUGAUGAAGAGGAGGAAGAGGAGUCUCCUGUAAAACGACUUGACACAGGUUAGCUAUGGCAAAUCUGCAAAUCUGUUGUCUUUUUUGGUAAAUUGGCUUCAUUAGACAGGACAAGCAUGCAGCAUCAUUUGAGUGAAGA